CUACUGAUAUUCAAUUAUUAAAAUGGAAACAAUACCAUUAAUUAGUCAGGACGUAGUCCGAAAAAAUUUGAAAUAUUCGGAACUAAUACCAGCUGUUCGACAAGCUCUUGAAGAAUAUACAUUAAAUCGAGCCAGUCAACCGUUACGAGUUUCGUUACCAGUCGGCGAUACGAACGGCACUUUUCUAGCGAUGCCGAGCUACAGCACCUCUAGUGAUACUCUCGUAACAAAACUGGUGUCUAUGUAUCCUGAUAACGCUAAGAAAAAUCUUCCAACUCAUAUCUGUUAUAUCACUUUGUUUGACCCAGAUACUGGAGCCUUGGCUUGUUUGAUGGACGGAGAAUUGAUAACUGCAAUGCGAACUGCUGCUGCUUCUGUUGUAGCUACUCAGGCAAUUGUAUCUGAGACACCAAAGACUAUUGCCGUUCUUGGAUCCGGUGUGCAAGCUAGGAGUCAUAUUCUUGCCUUCAACGAAACAUAUAAACUCGAAAAAAUGAAGAUUUGGAGUCGUAACCAUGACAACGCACAAAAAUUAUGCGAAGAAUUGAAAGAUUUACCAUUGCAGAAUUGCAAAAGUGUUGAGGAGGCCGUCUGUGACAGUGACGUUGUUAUAACAGUAACUUCAGCCACAGAGCCCGUUCUUUUCGAAAAAUGGUUGAAACCUGGAUGCCAUAUCAACUGCGUUGGAGCGUGUCGUCCUACCUGGCGCGAAUGCGACGAUGAAUGUAUGCAAAAUUCUACAGUGUAUGUUGACAGCCGUGAAUCCGCAGAAAACGAGUCUGGAGACGUCAUUCUCUCAAAAUGUGACGUCUACGCAGAAAUUGGGGAAAUUUUGUUGAAACAAAAACCUGUUCAACAAGGGAAAUUUACUUUCUUCAAAUCUCUAGGAAUUGGACUACAGGAUGCGGCUGCAGCUAAAUUAGUUUGGGAUAAUUGCAAACAUGAAACUGAUAUACAAUAAUAAUUCUAAAACUUAUUGGCUUGGUUUACUCUAUAGUACAAUUCUGACUCUUUUACUUUCCACUAGAAGGAAUUAUUGGAAUGUGACUUGAAAGAAUAAUCUCAAAUAAUCGACGCUGCCAUUUUUAAAUUUCUUGUUCCUCUAUUUAUGCCAAAUCAUACUUGUCAUAAGACUCAUAAGAAAUAACUUCUGAGACGAAAAUGUAAAAAUAUAAAAUCAAUUAAAUCAGCAUUUUCUUGUAAGUAAACUGACCUAAUACAGCAUAUACAGAUUGUCCAUAAAGUUUCUUCAUAAUUUCAGUUUUGUUAUGAAGUCAGUCCUCAAUAUAUCUUAACCAGGUUUGUUGUUUUUAAUCAGUAAUAAUAGGUACAUCUGUCAGGGCCAAAACAAUAUAGGGUAUCGGUAAAUUCCCUUUGCAAUUUUAAAAAAUUUACAGACUUUUUGGACACACUAUAUAUUGCAAAGACAUAUUCGAAGGAUCAAAUUAUUCGAUUUGGCCACCCCGGGCUGUCAUAUCACACUUAUUUGUUUUCCGUGUUAGUUUGAGUUUAUUUUAUUUUUUGGGUUGUGUGGUUAGCAUAGUGGUGAUGGUAAUGGUAAUAAAAUGAAAUUGAGUAUUUAUUCACAUCAGGGUUGUACAACCUGCGACCCACAGGCCAAAUGCAAAAUUUUUGUGUCUGCCACUGCCAGAAAUCCUAUGUAAAAUAAAGGUUCGGCCCAUGGUUUCACCAGACUAUUUGUAUCAGACCCUUCUGUAUAAAAGGUUGCACACCCCUGAUUCACAUCCAAGAUUCAAUAACACAGUAAAUUCUUAGAUCAAGGAAAUAUUUAAUUCAUGAUAAACAGAUUUCUCUUUGCAUAAUAGGCAAUGUGCAUUUUAGCACCCAGAUUGCCAGAAUUUUUUAAUGGCCAUACAUGAUACGCAUAGCGAGUUUCCGUUUUCUCUUACCUUGCGGCGUUUUUUUUUUCGUAAAACGGUACUUCUUCAUAUUUGGGCUCAUUCAGUGUCUAUCUUUAUUAACAUUUAUACUGAAUACCCUGUUAUUCUCUCAUUGAAAUUCAAAGAACUUAUAUAUUGAAACAAUGUAUGCUUUAUACCACUCACCUUUCCCAAUUGGAUUUGGCUGAUGUCCUCUUAAUAGAGCAAUUACCCACAGAUAUACGGGCAUAUUUACCAAAUUACUCCAUUAAAAUGUUACAGAAGUUUGAAAAUGAAGAAUUUUAUUUCCCUACUUUUCUCAAAACAUCUUUUAAGUUUCGUUCAUUUCAAGUCCAUGCCUCUAAAAUGAAUAACUGGCUAACUAAUUAAUAUGCAAAUCCUAUCCUUGUGUUAUUAUUGCUCCCGCAUUGAAAUCCCAGUAAUUGUGGACAUUUUUUUAUUCUUUUUACAAUUAAUAUCAUUAUCUUCAUAUAUUUUCACUAGAUUUAGAAGAAUUCUAUCUCGCAUUUAAACAUUUAGAAUAAAUUUCAAUCAAACCUUGGUAUAUGCCAAAAUUUCCUGUUUUGCCUUAUGUUAAUGCAUUAUCCUGAAUUCUAUGCAUUUCUAUUAAUUGAGUGCAAUGUCCGUGAUAUAGUUUUUUGUUAAAUCCUAUGUUGAGCUUUGUGUUUUUUUUCACGAAGUGGACUUACUGGUUAUAUUUUCUUAAUUGUUGCCAUUGUUGGAACAAAUUUGUUGUUGUGUUUAGCAGUGCAAUAAAAAACUUAAUUUCACAUCCCCAUUAUUGGUGCAUCAUAUUCUGCAUUGCUCUCAUUAAAAUCGUGUUUUGCAAUCAGCUUUCUUUAAUAUUGUUUCUAAAUUCAGUGUUCAAUAAUAGUUAUAUUAAUUACAAAUUUAUGACUUGAAAUUGCGUCUCCUAUGGAUAAAACAUGGCGGAUGCUACAUUGAAAUCCUAAUUGGAUUUUUUUUAUCUUGCCUUUUAAUUCUAGUAACAGUACAAUAUUUAUGUUAGUUACAAUUGAUAUCUUAAAAGUGAGUCUCGAAUGCACAUGGUGGAAUACAUUGAAAUGGAUACACUAGAAUUCAAAUAAAUUUCUUUUACCCUGUUUCA